GCCGUCCCGAGCUCGGUGUGCUCCUCCUGCGACUCGUGGGCUAAGCUAUGCCUGGAGGUGUGGAGACGAUGGACCUACCCGCGUGGAACCGAGCCUUGGGCCUGUCCCAGGGCCCUCGCCACAGAAAUGCAAUGGCGCAUCUUGAUUCUGAGGUGAAAGAAGAAUGCCUGAGGGAAGACUUGAAGUUUUAUUUCAUGAACCCUUGUGAAAAAUACCGAGCCAGACACCAGAUUCCGUGGAAACUGGGCUUGCAGCUUUUGAAGAUAGUCAUGGUCACCACACAGCUUGUUCGUUUUGGUUUAGGCAACCAACUGGUGGUCGCUUUCAAAGAAGAUAACACCAUUGCUUUUAAGCAUUUGUUUUUGAAAGGAUACUCUGGCGUCGAUGAAGAUGACUACAGCUGCAGCAUAUAUACUCAAGAGGACACCUAUGAAAGCAUCUUUUUUGCUAUUGAUCAGUAUCAUCGUCUAAAGAACAUCUCCCUGGCCACCCUUGAUUACGGGGAGAAUGAAGAGCAUAGGAUCGGCCUGAAAGUCUGUAAGCAGCAUUACAAGAGGGGGACGGUGUUAUCGCCCAACGCCACACUGAGCCUUGAUAGCGACGUCGAGAUAGAUUGUGUCCAGUUAGACCUCCAGCUCCUUUCCCAGAACCCGCAGGACUGGAAGCAGUCAUCAUUCUUCACCCUGGAGUUUGAUCGGCUCCUGCAAGUGGACAUCUCCUUUCGUCUCAAGGGCAUUGACCUACAGACCAUUCGUUCCCGAGAGCUGCCGGACUGCUACGUUUUUCAGAACACGAUCACCUUUGACAACAAAGCUCACAGUGGCAAAAUCAAAGUCUAUUUUGACAAUGCCGCCACCAUCAAAGAAUGCAGAGACUUGAACAUAUCUGGAUCCAUUCAGAAGAACACCCAGUAUGUCCUGGUGUUUGAUGCGUCUGUCAUUGCGAUUUGCUUGGCAUCUCUCACUCUGUGCACCAGAUCCAUUGUCCUCGCCCUGAGGUUGCGAAAGAGAUUUCUACAGUUCUUCCUGGAGAAGUACAAGCGACAUGUGUGUGACGCUGACCGGUGGGAGUUCAUCAACGGGUGGUAUGUCCUGGUCAUUGUCAGUGACCUCAUGACCAUCAUUGGAUCCAUACUGAAAAUGGAAAUCGAAACCAAGAAUCUCGCAAAUUAUGACCUGUGCAGCAUUUUACUUGGGACAUCUACGCUCUUCGCAUGGGUUGGAGUCAUCCGAUACCUAGGUUAUUUCCAAGCGUAUAAUGUGCUCAUUUUAACAAUGCAAGCCUCGCUGCCCAAAGUUCUUCGGUUUUGUGCUUGCGCGGGUAUGAUUUACCUGGGUUACACCUUCUGCGGCUGGAUCGUCUUAGGACCCUAUCACGACAAGUUUGAAAAUCUGAACAUAGUCGCCGAAUGUCUGUUUUCUCUGGUCAACGGGGAUGACAUGUUUGCCACGUUCGCACAGAUCGAGCAGAAGAGCGUCUUAGUGUGGCUGUUCAGCCGCCUCUAUUUAUAUUCCUUCAUUAGCCUUUUCAUUUAUAUGAUUCUCAGCCUUUUUAUUGCACUUAUCACAGAUUCUUAUGACACCAUAAAGAGAUACCAACAGAACGGGUUUCCUGAAACGGACCUGCAGGAGUUUCUGAAGGAGAGUGGCCGUGAAGGGGAGCAUCAGAGAGAGCCCUCAGCCUUCCUGUCCUGCACCUGCUGUCGGAGGAGGGAAGGAAGCGAUGACCACUUGAUACUUAUUAACUAAAGUCCUCUUGCCAAGGACAAUUAAGUUUCAGGCUUCCUUAGGCAGUGACAAUGCAGAGGAACCCCAUACGGCUUGGACCAGCAGUUCCAAAAGGAUUGUCUUAUUUAAUUGUGGGUUGGAAAAGAGGAGUGGCUGUCAGCUGUCUGGCCACAACUGAAGUUCCACAGUUGCUUUUUAUAAACUUGGAUGAUGAAGAAUAGACCACAGGCUACUACCCGGCACUGGUGCAAUUGAACCGUGAUAAUGAAAUUCUCUACUCGUUUGUUAAUGAUGGCAUGAUUGGAAAAAACAGCACAUUUCAGAGGAUGCCAGUCAGCGGUAUCGGUUUAAAUCAUCAAGUAAGGUUUCAUUGUCAAAGUGAUGGUUGGGUUUGAAGACAUUUGUCUGUUCAGCCUGCACAGAAGCCAAGGUUGCAAUAGCAAAUUAGAGCGUCUUAGCUGGACAGCCUUUCAGUGGUCCAGAGGUCACAGUCACAUCAGAAAAAGACUCCUCACAGUGAGCAUGUCUUGCCUACUUUAUUCUUCAGCAUAAUAGGAAGCAACCUUUGGCCUGGACGGUAGGAUGUGUAGGAAAGCGUCAUUUGGCUGUCUUGUCACGUGUGCUAAUUGUUGAUUGUCCACUCACGACACGUGGAACUAAACUGUUGGCAGUGGUGAGUCAUUUUAGUAAUGAAACUCCUCUGUGGUGGGAAUUUGCUUUUCUCAAGCAAGGAAAUACUUUCCCCCAAUAAAUUUAUUUUUUAUCAUACUAUAUGGCACUACUACUUUCAAAAAGUGCAAUAUCUUUUAACAUCUACCCAGUAAAGGUUUUUGAUCACAAUUUCAUUAACCACUGGUCUCCAAGAAGGAUUUUUCACUUUCUUGAAAGCAGUAAAGGAGACACAGGAGCUCAUAUUGAAGUUAUUCAAUAGAUGCUUAUGAUUAUGAUUUGUGAGGUUAAGAUCAUCUCAUGUAUAGAAUUAUUCCAUACUUGAGCUAUCUCGGGAGUCAGCUACCUUAGAUUUAUUGAUGAAGAGCAGAAUUUGAAUGAAUUGGACCCUCAUCCCAGGGCUGUCCUUGUCUUUCCCUGGCUUUAGCUGUGGCCCUCUCCCUGAAGCCCCUCACCCAGACUUCUUCCUCCUCUCCCCUUCCUGUCCUUGCUCCCAUUCUUCCUACAUGUGUCCAAACCAAAUCUGUGCAGAGCAAAUAAUCCUAUUAAUAACAUUAAAGUUUGUGAGAGAGUAAGGGAGUCAUGUUUACACACAGAAUACUUUGCUAAAUUUACCAUUUUGGGGGCAGGCAUUUGCUGUACUGGCUAAGAUGCUGCUUGAGAUGCCCUCAUCCCGCAUUGGAGCACCUAGGUUCAAGUCCUGGCUCUGCACCUCAUUCCAGAUACCUACUGAUGCACACUCUGGGAGGCAGAAAUUGAUGACUCAAGUAGUUGGGUCCUUGCCACCUAUGUGGGAGACCCUGAUUGAGUUCCUGGCUCUUGGUUUCAGCUUAGCCCAACCCUGGAUGCUUUAGGCAUUUGAAGAGUGAACCAGUAGAACAGAGAUCUCUGUUUGUGUGUCUGUCUCUCUGCCUUUCAAAUAGGUAAAAUAAACAUACUUUAAAAAUAAAAUUAUUAUUUUAGUUAACUUCCUUUUUUCACACACAUAAAAAGUCAAGAGUUUUGUUAGAUUUUUAAACUAAAGGCCAUUAAACUGGUGGUUCUGGGGUUAUUUGCAUGACACCAGAAUCAAAUAUGUAAUUAUAGUGCUUAGUAACUUCUGGGUAUAUCCCUGUAUGCUUAAGUCUCUGACUUAUUGUGCAGCUGUGACUGCCAUUUAAAUAGAAGAUUCAUGAUGGAUUUCCACACUCAUGUCAUUCUUUUAUUGGCUUUCAUGUUUCCUUUUCUUUCUCUUCCCUACAGCUUGACAAAACAAAUUCAGGAAGAAAAAUAUUUUUCAAGGUCACCUUGCAUCAAUGGAAACAUUGUUUUCUCCCUUUUAAAAUAAUUUCAAGCAGUUUACAUGUAACCAACUGAAUUAUCUAUUUGGAUUUUAUUGAAAAAUGUGUAUCAUAACUCUGCUAAUAGACUAUGUCUGGGAUAAACAAUCUUCUCUCCUAUCAUAGGCCUCCACUUGAAGUAUUCAACUGCAAUACAUGUUCUUUCUGCCUAUUGAUUUCAUUCUGAGAACUCUAAUCCUUGUAGGAGUUACCUCUUUGGCUUGCCAAAGCCAGAUGCACAUCUUAACCCUGUAGGCUUCUGGCUGGGAGA